UUGGUUCCUUCUUCCGCAUGAAGAGUUUUCGUGCUUUCAGAUCGCAAAAUUUCCCAACAAUCGCAAAAAUUGGCUUUAUUUUUAAAAUUGCAAAUAAAAAGUUGAUAUGCUAUAGUGAACGUGGUGCGCAAAUUGCGUGCGAAGACAAUGGAAUCCGACGGCGACAGUGACGACGACUUUGGCCCGGACUGGGACGAGCUGGAGACGAUAACGAAGUUUGAUGGAGUAGGUUCCGGUGGGGUCAACCUGUCCUCGGUGACCCGCGCCUCCACCGAACUAGUCGGCAAUGGUCUGCACAGCCGCUUGGCCGCCAAGGCCAGCACUCCGGUUUCUCUGCUGGUGGAGUCUUUGGUGCAGCAGCUGUGCGCUCUGCUGGAUCCGGACCCAAAAAGGUCCCAGGAGCUGUACAAUACAAUCUGCGAGCGUCUUCACGCGGUCAAUCUGAUUGACGAAACGUACGCCAUGGGCGAAUUCGAAAUGAUGCGAAGUCAGUACCAGAAGGCACUCUACCAGCUGGUCAGCAUUGCCCGCGGACAGAACCUGCCCGUUCCGGUGGCCCUCGAGAACAUGUGGCCACUGCAGCCACAGCCGACCGUCGGGCUGGAGUGGUCUCGGUACCAUCGGGAGUUCACCGAACUUGGGUUCAUCGCUGGAGGGGGUUUCGGGAAAGUGUACCGCGCUCGGAAUAACUUGGAUGGCGGAGUGUACGCGGUCAAGAAGAUUACGAUCCGCUCGACGACCAUCAACAACGUGUUGGUGCACCUGGCGGAGGUAAAGACGCUGGCCAGUCUGAAUCACAUCAACAUCGUGCCAUACAAGGCGGCCUGGCUGGAACCGUUGCUGGCGAAUGUCGGUCGUGGGAGGAAUGAUAGCGGAGGUGGGGGUGAUGGGAACGGGGUGGACGGAGAGAAUGGAAGGUCCACGAUGGAUGAUGAGGAUGAGGACGAGGAGGAAGAUGAGGACGAUGAUGUGGAAAGCAGUGGAGGAGUUUCGUUUAGCUUGAGGUCGAUCACGCAUCAGUCCAAAUCGCGCACCCGCCGGCGAACCCUCUCCGACUCGCUGAAACUCCAGGACGAGACGACGGACGAUUUCAUCCACUUUGAGCACAGCCAGCCCAACAGCAACGACGGACAGGAUCGCUCGUCCAAGUCCAAGUCCAAAUCCUCGUCUCGAGACCGCCAGCUGGCCGAGCUGGAGGACGCCCGCGGAAGUGUCCUGAGCGUGGAGGAAACGCAGCCCCACGUCAAGCUCAAGUGGGCCACGCUGUACAUCCAGAUGACGCUUUGUCACUUGACGCUGAGGGAGUGGUUGGACGACCGGAACCGGUUCGGGUGCUUCGAAGAGUUUUACAGUGGGUUUGUGCGGAGUCGCCGGCCGGACUUUGUCGCGAGUACCAUUCCGAAGAAUUCGUUCUGCCGGCAGAGCUCGCAGCUGAGCGGGAUUGGGUGUUUUGGUAAUGAAGAACCUAGUCCGGUUCAGGACGACCGGACGGCCAACAGUUCGUCACAGCAUUUGGACGUCGUUACGGACGUUUUGCAUCAGCUGUUGAACGGGUUGACGUACAUUCACUCCCGAGGCAUCGUCCACCACGACAUCAAACCGAGCAACAUCUUCGUCAGCGUCAACGACCACGACAAGUCGAUUUCGAUCCAGCUGGGCGACUUCGGUCUGGCCUGCCCCUUGCAGAGUUCUCACACCGGUGCCGGCUUCGGAACUCCACUGUACGCCGCCCCAGAACAACUGGAAGGCAAAUGUGACCCCAAAUCGGACAUUUACUCGCUUGGAAUCAUCCUCCUCGAACUCCUCAUCUCCCUCGACACCGACAUGGAGCGAGCGGAGAUGAUCAAGCAGGUUCGCGAGGGCCACUUCCCGCGGGACCUCGACCCCGAGUACAGUGCCCUACUCAAAAACCUUCUAAACAAGCGACCCCUCAAGCGUUUAGACACAUUCGCCCUCACCGAAGCCGUCAACUGCUUGAAGCUCAACCGGGACAAGGUCAUCUCCCAGCUGCGACGAAGUUUGACCCUGCAGGGUGAGCAGCUCCAGGAGCUGCAGAACCAGGUCGAGCAGCACCGUCGACAGCGGCAGGAAUCGCUGGAGGAGAUCGGACAGAUGGAGCUGCGGACGAGCGAGUCGUUGAUCGUGAAGGAGCAGGAGCUGAUCAUCAAGACGAUGGAGAUUGAAAGUAAGGAGCAGCAGUUGCGGUUUAAGGAUAUUGAGUUGCGGAAUAAAGACGAGGAGAUUUUACGGCUACGGGAGCUCCUGCGGAGCUAUCAGGAAAAGAAGGACGACGAUGAGGGGAAGGAGGGCGGUUCGGAGCGAAUGUAAUCCAAGUUAUGUGUUCCUGCCUCAAUUAGUUCUGUAAGUUUUGUGAUGUGCGUUUUUUUCUUUUCAUGAAGGUCGACGACGACAGGAGAAGAUUACAUGUUUCAUUAAGUCAUUUUCCAUUAUUUGAUUGCGAAAUGUAAUUUAGUGCGCGUGAGCAAGGAAGCAAUAAACCAAAUGUUUGCUUGAUA